CUGAUUUCUGAUUUCCCUUUUGACUACAAUACCUCCCUGUAUGACAAUAUUGACUUGCUCCCUAGCGUGACCAAUUGGCCCCAGCUGAGUUUAGCGCUAAAAUCCCCGUCGUUGUUGUUGUUGACCAAACUCCACACUCGCUCGUCAUCGUCCCUGGUCUUUCCUCUUUCUUUGGCCAAGUUUGCGCUAUAUUCGAUUCCACGUUCCUUUCUUCUUGACGGGGGGUUCCUGGCGCAGAAUCUACCCUGGAAGUCCUUUGCAUCCCUCCUCGCGCAACCAUAUGGGAUGUCACUCACAAGGAUUCUCGACCCUGCGGAGCUAAGCUGGAGGGUGUUUGACACUCUUUUCAGUGACCUCUGAGGAUGGAUCACAUAUCCACGCUCUGUGCCCUGAGCACCAUCGGGAUUGCAUCCACCGGUCUCGCACUCGGUCGGGUCGAACGAACCAAGCAAAGUGUUUUACGGCGCAAGACUUUGCCUUACGAUCAGCCCCUGCCUAAGCUCCCCGAAUCUACGCCAGUCGAUGUUCGGCCCGAAACAUCUCGAUCGGGACGACCUAGUCCCGCGGGGGCGGCUUGGACACUCAAUGAGAAUGAGACCGACAGCGAUAGUUUGCGGGGUAAUCAAUCCCAAGGGCCGGACCUACGAAGAGCAUCGCUGUCCUUCGGCGCAGCCAGGUUUCGUCGUCGCGGUCAAACCUUGACCAACCCACCUCUCCGCAUUCCAGAAAAUGAACCGGCCGAGUCGCACUCUCGGCGGCCUUCCACCGGUUGGUUGCGACGAUUGUCAAUGGCCUCCUUUCAGAGUGAGAGCCCUUCGACCAACAGUCCUGUAACGCCGUCCUUCAAUGGAUCUGCGAGCCCUAUCUUCCCUCGCCCAAGUAGCCAACGCAGGUCUCCCAACAAACUUGUUAAGCGCACGUCCUCACAACAUUCCAAUGUACACCCUCUUUUUGUCAACACAUCCGUUUCCCCCGCGUCGGGUUUGCGCAGACCAGCCACCAGCUAUCAGCGGUCCGAUACCAUGCGGUUGCAGUCCCCUCUCAUUACUGAUUUCGAAUCACGUUUCUCCGGGGAAUACUCGGUCGAAUCACCGGCGAUCGAGGAAUUCGGACUCGAUGACCAAAAUGACUGGAAGCCAUACUUUCUCCCACGAUCUGAAGGGUUAUCUGGAAAGUUGGCCAGAAAACUGCCCUCUGUGAACCCUGCCAAUGUGCGGCGAAUAACUUCCGAUCAGGACAGCUUACCAGCGUUGGUCCUUGCAACUACUAUCACAGCCAAGGUCCCUACUCAUCUGGACCAUCAAGCUAUCCCCACCACACCGGUGAUGUUCCGCAAUCCAUUCCAGACUGAGGCCCAUGCGGUUGACCAAAUCACUCCUUUACCAACCCCUCCACCGGAGAAAAGGGCUCACAAACACUCUUACUCAAUGAAUGAUGUAGAGCCUAAGAAGAUUCUGGUGAACACAGUGACCGCAUCUGGUACCCCAAUCGUGGAGCGGCCUCGUGGUGGCUCGUUGAAGCGUGUGAAAGGAAGAACGUUUUCCAUUCCUCAGUCAGAGCUUUCGAAGCUGGAGAAAACAAUCCCAGUAUCACCCCCAGCAGCACCGCAACGACGGAAUAUUACUGAUCCCAGUGUCUUUCGGCGGCCACAUGCUCUUUCUCCGCCAGCCCUGUCACUAUCUAGCUUCGGCAGGGACUCCCAGGUUGGGCCUCGAUCGGUGUCGCAAGAUUAUACGAUGGGCCUGCCUCGAAAUCGACCGCUAACUUCAGAUGCUGUUGCCCUAUCAACUUGGCAACAUUCCUGUCGACCGGAAGGGAAUAUGUACUCUUCUUUACGUCGCCGUCCGAAGCGACACUCGAUUACAGCAUCAGAUCCCUCUUCCACAGUCAUCGGCUCCGAUGACACACGUGUAUUCACAUCAAGUGAUGAAUACGAGACCGAUAUGAUGACGGACUAUUGGGAUUCAAUUCGAACGCGCGGGACCAGUGGGGACGGAGUGAAAGGUUUGCGUAUCGAGACGAUGUUCGACAAGGCAGGGACGCGACUCUCGAAUGAGGAAGUCAUGACCCUGGAAGAUCUUCUCCCACGUGGGUCCUUUGCGUCUCGCAUGGAAAGAGAUCCGCCACUAUUCCCAGGUUCACUUCUUCCCGCGGCCCCUCUCCACAUCAACGAUGUUGUGUCUCUGUCCGAGGAUGAAGAAGAGACGCGCAGCAUGAUCGGAGCAUUUCCUGGUGAAACAAAAGACUCUUCUCACACUCGCCUUGCUAUUUCUUUAUCAGAAGACAGCCGUUCUGGUCUUCCUGCCAUGCUGUCGAGUUCCCCCGUUGAAGAGCUGCACGUGAGCCAGAAGAUGAACAUUUUCGACUGGUCGGAGCAGUCGCGGACGGAUCGUGACAUGUCAGACUCCGAUGCACGACCAAGGACGGUGCAUGGGAAGCAGAAUGGUCUCGAUCGAGGCAGCCGGGCAGCCUGUCGCAAGGUUCCCUCUGCAAUUCACCUUCGGAGCCAAAGUGUGCCCGUGGCACGAGAGGUCGCCCCAAGUGAUUCUCGUCAGACAUCGGGUAAAUUUGGCACCUGGGGUCUGGGUAGCAAAGGCGUCAGUGAGGAUUGGGACAGUGAUUUUGACUUUGAGGAUGACGCCGAGGAGGCUACUCCCAGUCAAGACACCAAGACGACUGUGUCAGAAGGACCUUCUCAGAUCAUGACAGUUCCACAGGCCAUUUUAGAGCGCCAGGCCAGCCUUCGAGGCCAGUUCGGUCAGGUGCAAGAACUUACGCUUUUAGUGGAAGAACUGAAGCGGUUGAGACAUCAGGCAGGUGUUUUGGAUCUGCUCGGUGGGCCAUCGAGUGAACUAUGGAAGGAAGCGGAAGGGAUUGUCAAUUUGGCUACUAUCGACGAGGAUGAAGACCGCCGUUCACCUCCUGGCUCGCCCUCUUCGCUCACUUUCAGUUUUGAUGAUUCAGACGAUGAAGGUCUGAUUGUUUCGUCAAAGCACAACAGUACAGCGUCAUGGCAAGGCAGCCCUCCGCGAACAGGCCCCCUUCCCCCUCCACCUUUCAAGCCACCAAGGGCAAGCCACGAUAGUUGCUCACGGCAAGAAAGCCAGCUGUAUAGCACGCCACUUCGACAAUUCUCCAAGAAUUCACCCAAAUCCAAGUCUGUGCUGGACGUUCUUCAGCCUAGUCAACGUCCCGAGAGCUCAACCCUACCUAGGCUCACUCCUCCCUCGCGCUCUCAGAAGCUUCCGUUUGAUACAUCCUCUCUACGGGAUCUUGUGGUUCGCGCUGGAGUGGUCACUCGUGCCUUGAAGGAAGUAAUUCGAAAGGCCGAGGGCGUCGACCCCAACCCGGAAGAUGUAUUUCCCUCCGAUCCUCCAUUUCGACGAAUCUUCGACCAACCCUCCCAUGAUGACUUUGCGAGCUUCGAGGCUGAAUUGGCCGAGAUGCACUGA